AUGACCGGCACCCACAGCUUCCGGAUAGGAAUUAACUACGGGCGCGUGGCCGACAACCUCCCCACUCCAUCACGUGUGGCUUCCUUCAUCCUCUCCCUCAACAUAACCCAUGUCAGAGUCUACGAUGCCGACCCCGAAGUCCUCUCCGCAUUCGCCAACACAGGCGUCGAACUAACAAUCGGGCUCGAAGACAAGUACAUCGAGAACUUCACCGACCCAGCCCAAGCCCAAGAUUGGGUCCAACACAAUGUGACCCCCUACACCAACCAAACCAAUAUCACCACCAUAACAAUCGGCAACGAGGUCCUCACUAGUAACGACACCAAGAUGAUUAUCUCCCUUCUGCCCGCCAUGAAAAAUGUCCAAAAAGCCCUCGCGGACCUUGGCCUGAGCCAGCAAAUCCAGGUGAACACGCCGCACUCGUACGGUAUCAUGGACGUUUCAUUUCCGCCCUCUUUGGGCACGUUCAAGCCCGAGCUCGUGGAGUACCUCUUGGGCAUAUUGGACUUCCUCUCUCAAACGGAGUCCCCGUUUCUUAUCAACGCGAACCCUUACUUUGCGUACCAGGACGACCCAGAGCACGUGUCGUUGGCGUACGUGCUUUUCGAGCCAAACCCGGGACAAACAGAUCCAAUCACCAACUUGCAUUAUGACAACAUGUUGUACGCACAGAUGGACGCUGUUUACUCGGCCAUCGAUGCUUUGUACUUACAGAUGGACUCGGCCCAUAAUAAUGCUUUGGACUCAUAUAACCCAUCUUUGAGAGUGAGCGAGAUCGGAUGGUCACGUUGGAGAAAUCCAAAGAAGCGGCCACCACCACCACUAAGUGGAAUAGAGCAGGCGAGUUUGGUCAAAGAAAAUGGAACAGACCAGGUGGAGAACGCGAGGAUUUUCAACGGGAAUCUGCUGAAACGGGUGGAGGAGAAACAGGGGACUCCCCUGAGGCCGUCUAACCCACUCAACGCUUACAUAUUUGCGCUCUUUGACGAGGACCUGAAGCCUGGCCCGGAGACCGAGAGGUAUUUUGGUCUAUUCUAUCCAAAUAUGACACCUGCCUACAAUAUUGGAUUGCAGGCACGUGGUGGUGGUGGUGGUGGUGCUAUUCAGCGCGUGGAAUACACGGUUUCGGGGAUUAAUAAUAAUAGUAUUGUGGGUGGGUUGUUUGGGUUUUACGUGGCUUUCAUCUGUUUUCUGCUCCUGCUUGUUUAA